AUGGGGACUCUGGGCCUGUGCCUCCAGAACUCAGAGUGGCUGUUCUCAGAUCAACACAUUCUCAAGGUGCAUUAUCCCAAACUCAGCGUGUCGGAAGACUGCCUGUACCUUAACAUCUAUGCACUGGCCCAUGCGGACACUGGCUCCAAGUUCCCUGUCAUGGUGUGGCUCCCUGGGGGUGCCUUCGAGACUGGCUCAGCAUCCAUCUUCGAUGGGUCUGCCCUGACUUCCUACGAGGACGUGCUUGUUGUGGCUAUCCAGUACCGGCUAGGAAUAUUCGGCUUCUUCAACACAGGGGACAAGCGCGCAGUGGGGAACUGGGCCUUCAUGGACCAGGUGGCUGCCCUGACCUGGGUCCAGGAGAACAUCGGGUUCUUUGGUGGGGACCCACACUGCGUGACCAUGUUCGGGGAGUCAGCAGGAGCUAUAAGUGUUUCCAGCCUUAUUCUGUCCCCCAUGGCCAAAGGCUUAUUCCACAGAGCCAUCAUGGAGAGUGGGGUGGCCAUCAUCCCUUACCUGAAGGCCCCUGAUUACGAGAGGAAUGAUGAUUUGCAGAUGGUUGCAGAUACUUGUGCUUGCAACGUGUCAGACUCCGUGGCCCUGCUACAGUGCCUGUGGGCAAAAUCCUCCAAGGAGUUGCUGAGCAUCAACAAGAAAACCAAGUCUUUCACUCGAGUGGUUGAUGGCUUUUUCUUUCCUCAUGACCCUUUACACCUAUUGGCUCAAAAAUCAUUUAAGCCAGUUCCUUCUAUCAUCGGAGUCAAUAACCCCGAGUGUGGCUUCCUGCUGCCCAUGAUAAGAAUUCCUGCUAAGGAGUUUCCUGAGAUCCUCGGGGGCUCCAACAAGUCCCUCGCCCUGCAGUUGAUACACUCAAUCCUGCACAUCCCUGUCCAGUAUUUAUACCUUGUGGCUAAUGAAUAUUUCUACAACAAACACUCUCUGAUUGAUAUACGAAAUCGCUUCCUGGAUUUGCUUGGAGAUGUGUUCUUUGUGAUCCCUGAGCUGGUCACAGCUCAAUAUCACAGAGAUGCUGGUGCACCUGUCUACUUCUAUGAGUUUCAGCAUCGGCCCCAGUGCUUAAAGGAUAAGAAGCCACCUUUUGUCAAAGCUGAUCACACUGAUGAAAUCCGCUUUGUCUUUGGACGUGCCUUCCUGAAGGGCGACAUUGUCAUGUCUGGUAAGAAACUGCUGAGCAGGAACAUGAUGCUAUAUUGGGCUAACUUUGCUCGGAAUGGGAAUCCUAAUGGGGAAGGCCUGCCCCUGUGGCCGGCCUACGAUCAGACCGAGGAAUACUUACAGCUGGACUUGAACAUGAGCAUGGGACAGAGACUGAAAGAGCUGGAGCUGGAGUUUUGGACGGACACCCUCCCCCUGAUGAUGUCCUCUUCCAGAACGCUCCUUGCUUCUCUUUCUUUCUUAACCUUCCUUUCUCUGCUCCUGCCUUUCAUUUUCUCUUUUGCUCCUAUCUUUGUGUGAUUCUGGUUUUCCUUCUCCUUCUGCGGUUUCUCCCACAAUCAUUAGCUUCAUCUGUGUUUAGCUACUUUACGGAGUCAACUGCUUUAGCUGAUGUUUUGGGAACUUGGGGAUGAUCCUUAAAGAAUUAUUUUCAACGUCAAAAAAUGCAAUUUGGGGCUUCCCUGUGGCGCAGUGGUUGAGAGUCCGCCUGCCUAUGCAGGGUACAUGGGUUCAUGCCCCGGUCCGGGAAGAUCCCACAUGCCGCGGAGCGGCUGAGCCCGUGAGCCAUGGCCGCUGAGCCUGCGCAUCCGGAGCCUGUGCUCCACAACGGGAGAGGCCACAACACUGAGAGGCCCAAGUACCAAAAAAAAAAAAAAAAAAAAAAAAAAAACAACGCAAUUUGCCUUGGAAAGCUACCAGAUUUCUUCAAUAAAUCUGCAGGAGGGCUGGCCUAUUAGUUGGCAUCAUAAUGAUCUUGUUACUCAUAUAAAAUAAAAUAAGAAUGCAAAAUAUGUACAGGGAGCAGAAUUUAAUUAUGGGCUGAAAACUCUCCCCCUCUACCCCAGCAUCCAAGAUGAAGUGAACUUUCUAACAUGUCUUGGUGUGUGUUACCUGAAUUAUGUGUCCUCCAACCCCCAUCUAGGUGGGUUUUAGCCACGAACCAAGCAUGGAUGUCCUGAACAUCACUGCCUUGAACUGGCUCUCUUCUCUGGCUCAGGAGUUAUGUCGGGGAGAGGGACACACCAGAGACCCUGCUCAGAAAUGGAAAACAGAUGUCCUCCAAGUUCUGGAAUGCAGAAGUCAAACACCAGGCAGCAAGUUCAGUCAGAGAUUUCCAAGAAGAAGGGAUGUUUUACUGAUGGGGUGGAGACUAAUCCAUCAUUCAAUAAAUCUACAUUGGGUGCCUGAUAUGUACCAGCAAUAGCCCUACUGGGGUUACAACAGUUAACAAAGACAUACUCUCCAUCAAAUGAAUCACUAAGAACAAAGACUGCCCUUGGAUCUCCUUGGAAGGAUCCAGGUCUUCCUCCUACUACCCAGACGGCAGCCAAACUUCAGGAACUUGAACCUUAGAUAUAUAACUCACAGCUGAAAAAGGCUCCACCUGUCAUCUGGUCCUGUACAAAUGCUGGAGGCCACCACAUCAAAUUGACUGGAGAGAAGCAGCUGACAUCAAGAAAGAUGAUGCCAUUAUCCAUAUCUCCAAGACCAUUGCUAAAGGGGGUAAGUUUUCAGACUGCUGGAUUUGUCGUUUAAAAAACUCUUAUCUGUCCAUGAUGCCAGGGUCACCCUGGUCCAUUUCCUUAUCUCUGGUUAACAGCCCCAAACUUGGGAAACCUUGUGUCCAGGCUCUAUGCAAAGAAAAGUACAUGAGGAAAGGGUAACCAGAAUAAAACUGCCUGUGUGGUCUACAGACCCUUUUACUGGCCUCCAUGGCUGUCACCUUUCCAAUCCUGAGCCAAAAACUUAAAUGGGAAUUACCAGGAGGCAUUCAAUUUUCAAGAUUCGCUUCCUUUGAAGGAAGGCCCUACUUCCCUGGUUAGGAGUAAAUGUAAAUGAGGCUGUGAUCAGGAAGCUCUUCUUAACUCUUGAAAGUAUUAUGGAAUCUGCCACUAAAGCAAUAGCUCAGAAAAAUUCUGAGACUCUGGCCAAAGUUGUUUUUGAUAAUACCCUUGAUUAUCUUUUAGCUGAGCAAGGAGGUAACUGUGCUUUGGCCAACACCACUUGCUGCACUUGGAUUAAUAUUUCUGAGGAAGUAACUUAGUUACAUAAGAACAGUUAUAUAAGAUCACUGAGCAAGCCACUUGGCUUAAAAAAGUGACUUCUUCAAUAAGUCUUUCUUGGACUUAUUUGAUUUUGAUUGGUUUGGGUCUUAGGGACCAUGGCUCUAGAGUGCACUCCAAACAUUGAGAAUUAUCUUGCUAAUUACAAUCAUAAUCAUUUCUGUGGUGCAUUGUAUUCUCUCAAAGGUUUUAAAUACGCGUUCCCAGCUGCUAACGACCACGCAAAUGAUCUCACUAAGAUAAAGACACAGACCUACUAGAGAAUAGACUUGAGGAUAUGGGGAGGGGGAAGGGUAAACUGUGACAAAGUGAGAGAGUGGCAUGGAUAUAUAUACACUACCAAACGUAAAAUAGAUAGCUAGUGGGAAGCAGCCGCAUAGCACAGGGAGAUCAGCUCGGUGCUUUGUGACCACCUAGGGGGUGGGAUAGGGAGGGUGGGAGGGAGGGAGACGCAAGAGGGAAGAGAUAUGGGAACAUAUGUAUAUGUAUAACUGAUUCACUUUGUUAUAAAGCAGAAAUUAACACAUCAUUGUAAAGCAAUUAUACUCCAAUAAAGAUGUUAAAAAAAAGAAAAGAAGGAAAGAGAAUAACCACUUAAGUAUUAUGAACCUGAAGCCAGGACCUGUGACCAUCACGGGGAUUAGACAAAAACAUGAUGAGCUAUGGACGCCACACAAAGGAUCCACAAAAGUGACCGGUAGCUGAGAGUGGUGCUGAUGCCUUAGAUUUUGAUCGCAUCUCUCAGUUAAGCCAAGAAUUUGAUCAAAAGAGGGAAAAUGUUAAAAAAAAAAGAAACAACAGACCCCAAAUGCAGCCACUUGUGCUAAGCUCUUGUCACCAAAUGAAGAUUUAGUACCUAACUUAAUUGUAGUUUCAACCUUCCCCAGGAAUGUAAUCUUAACCAGUCAGUCUGGAAUUUCCUGGUCAGCACCAGUGAGGUAGUAUGCCUAAUAGACCCUCUUAUCCCCUCAAAGAAGGUAACCCUGCCUGAAAUCAUCAUUUUUGUUUGUUUAUGACUUCCUUGUCCUACUUCUUCUCUGCCUUUAAAACCUUUUCUUUUCUGCUUGCUAGA